UUUAGUGAUGGAAAAACUUUUUAACUGUCAUUAAAUGUAUUCAUAAGCACUGAUUCACUGCACAAAUCAAAUCCAACAUCUGAACUCUGUUUACGUUGAAAGAGAGAGAGAGAGUUGAGAGCAGAAUCCCACAUUCUGAGUGACACAUCCCUUCUACCCAGGAAGCAGAGAACCCUAAAAAUGAGAACUUGCUGAUGAAAAGAGGCAUCUUGAACUUUAAGGCAAUCAAUCUCCUACGGCUACUACAGGGGACAGGUGAGACUAGGGGAGAGAGUUGAUAUAAAAUAUAAAUUAACCUUUGAUAUGGAGAAUUUGAUUGGACCCAGAUUGUACAGUUGCUCUAAUUGUAGAAACCUUGUUGCCCUUCAUGAUGAUGUGAUUUCAAAAGCCUUUCAGGGAAGAAGUGGAAGAGCUUUUCUGUUCUCCCAUGCAAUGAACGUAACUGUAGGGCCAAAGGAAGAUAGACAACUUACGACGGGUCUGCACACAGUUGCUGAUGUCUACUGUUGUGACUGCCGUGAGGUGCUUGGUUGGAAGUAUGAACGAGCCUAUGAGGAAACCCAGAAGUACAAGGAAGGCAAGUUUAUACUUGAAAAGUCUAAAAUUGUCAGGGAAAAUUGGUAGUGGCAGCAAGCAUCCACUCUAUUAAUCUUAUAAAUCAUUCCAAAAUGGUUUGGUUGUUGUGUUUUGAUGCAUAUAUAUUCUACAUGUCCAUUUUGGCAUUUCA